AUGGAUGCUUCAUCGAAACAUGUCGAUAAGAAGGACAAUGGUUCACAAACUCUUGCGAAUAUUCGUAAUCGAGUUCAAUCAUUAGCUAAAACAAUAAACAAACGAGGCGUUCACAGUGCAUCUCGUAUGGCUGCUGCUGGUUUUAAAUAUACAGGAAUUGCAGAUACAGCUCAUUGUGAAGGCUGUGGACUUGAAAUAUCCAACUGGACAUCAGAUAUGAAGCCAUUUACUAUACAUUCGACACGUCAACCUAAUUGUCCAUUCGUUCGUUCUAUAGGGACAGCUUCAUCAUCAAAUACCUUUGUAUCUUCCGAUUUGUUAGCAACUGCUAUUCAAAACACAUCGAUAUCAAAUGAACAAAAAAGUCCUUCUAAACGUCGAAAAACCGAAACAAUCGAUUCAAAAUGUCUCUCAAAUACUUUAACCGAAACUGAUUUAAUUCAAAAAGUACGAGUACGCACUUUUUCUCAUUGGCCACAUCGUACUACUCCAUCAAGUGCACAAAUGAUUGAAGCUGGAUUUUUCAAUUGCAAUGUUGGUGAUCGAGUAAUAUGCAUUUAUUGCAAUCUUAUUUGUCAACAAUGGACACCACAUACAGAUGAUCCAUGUGAAGUACAUAAAACACUUUCACCUAAUUGUAUAUAUGUCAAAGCAAAAUUGAUGCAUCCUGAAACUUCAACUGUACUUGUUGUCGAUGGAAAUUUAAUGAGAGCAACCUUAGACAAUGGCUCACCAACAUUAAAUAAUCUUGAUUUAUUAUCAUCUAAUGAUAUGAUGUUUAAAGCUCCAUGUAAUCCAGCUUAUUCAGAAACAUCAAAACGUUAUGCAUCAUUCGCUACAUGGCCAAAUGAAAAUUUACCACCAGUAGAUGAUUUAGUUCGAGCAGGAUUUUUCUAUACAGGUACAGAAACCAUUGUUACUUGUUUUUAUUGUAAUGGAUCGUUGCAAAAUUGGAGUCUCCAUGAUAUCCCAAUGGUUGAACAUGCUUGUUGGUUUUCACAUUGUGCAUAUGCUCGACAAUUAUGUGGUGAGGAAUUAUAUCAUAAAAUUCAAAAAUCUAAACGAGCACAACAAGAGCAUACUAGAGCUAAUGAGUUCAGAGAAAGAACAGAUUCUAGUAAUAUGUUAAAUACUAACUUAACAACAAAUAGUUCACUAUUAUUAAUACCUGAUGAAAAUACUUUAUCCAAACUUGUUGCUGCUCGAUUAGAUUUACCGAUGUCACAACGUUUAUGGGAUCCAAAUUUUAAAUUAUCUAUUAUUAAACGAUGUUGGGAAGAUCAAUUGCGAAUAAAACAUGCUGAUUUUGUACAUGAGUAUGAUUUGUAUACAGCUUGUGUAAUUCUUCAAAAACAAAUUGAACAUAUUGAUGGUAAAAAAGAAAAUAUUGUUAUACCAAGCCUAAAAAUGAAACAAAUCAGAGAACAAAAUGAGAUUUGUAUGCGUGAAAAAACAUCAACUAUAUCUAAUGCAGCUCAAUCAGUGUCAAAUCUUGCAGAUGUUGAAAUGACUGAAUCAUAUCAAUCAUUAAGAAAUGAAUCUACAUGUUCUGGGUCUUCUAUUGUUUCCACAUCAAAACCAACAAUCACUAGUAAUGAAUGUGAAAUAGAAACAACUAAACAAAGAAUUGAUGCUGCACUAUCCAAUCCCUGUGUGCUAUGCCUGACAGAGGAAAAAAGAAUAGCUUGCAUGCCAUGUGGUCAUUUAGUAGUCUGUGUUUCAUGUAGUGAAUCAUUACAGUCAUGUCCAAGAUGUCGACAGAAAAUUAUAGCUUUUGUUCGAAUUUAUUGCUGA